AUGCGCCGACUUCCAUCCAGGAAGUGCCGGGAAGGCGAGGCCUCUGGUCUGAGCGGGUUGAGACUUUCAUCAUCGGAGGAGGGUGGAGUCUCGGGACUGGUCAGGAGUCCAGCAUCACCUGCCCUCCUUCUACACUCCUGCCUGCUAUCCUUGAGCAGAGUCAUCAUGCCUCGUGGUCAUCAGAGUAAGCUCCGCUCCCGUGCGAAACGUCGCCAGGCCCAAGGUGACACCGGCAGUGUCAAGGGUGCUCAGGCCAGUGCAGCAGAAGAGGAAGGGUCCCCCUCCUCUUCCACUCCUCCUUCUGGGGGGCCUCCCCAGAGCUCCCAUGCUGCUCGCACUCCCCAGGGGUCUCGGAGGGCCCCAUCCAGCAGCACUCGUGCUGCAGGUGCUUCGGGCAGAAGAGCUCCUAGAGGGGCCGAGGGCCAAGAUGAGGGAUGUCCAAGUUCCUCUUCUACCCCAGACCCCAGUCAGAGGUCACGUAGAGACCCUCUAACCAAGAGGGUGGUCAUGUUGUCGCAGUUCCUGCUGUCCAAGUAUGAAAUGCAAGAACGCAUUACCAAGGGAAAAAUGAUGAAGAUCAUCAACAAAAGGUACAAGGAGCACUUCCCUGAGAUCCUGAGGAGAGCCUCUGCGUACAUCGAGCUGGCCUUUGGCCUUGACGUGAAGGAAGUCGAUUCCAAAGGUCAGUCCUAUACCGUUGUCAGCAAAUUGGAGAUCGCCGAGGAAGAGAAUCUGAGUGGUGGCAGGGGCUUUCCCAAGAAGGGGCUCCUGAUGCCUCUCCUGGCCAUGAUCUACACGAAUGGAAACCGUGCCAGCGAGGAGGAGAUGUGGGAAUUCCUGAAUAUGGUGGGGAUGUACGAUGGCAAGACGCACUUCCUCUUUGGGGAGCCCCGGAAGCUCAUCACCAAAGAUUUGGUGCAGGAAAAGUACCUGGAGUACCGGCAGGUGCCCAACAGUGAUCCUCCACGCUACCAAUUCCUGUGGGGUCCCAGAGCCCAAGCCGAAGCCAUCAAGACAAAAGUCCUGGAGUUUUUGGCCAAGGACAAGAAUACGUUUUCCAGUGUCUUCCAAGCCCUGUAUGGAGAAAGUUGGGGAGAUGAGGAAGAGAGAGCUGCAGGCAGAGAAUGGGCUGGGGCUGGUCCUCAUGCCAGGGCCAGGGCUAGUGUCAGGGCGAGUUCAGCAGGCCGUCCCAUCCGUGGUGAAGUCUGAUGCAGAUUCUUCACUUUGUUGUUGAAAAUGGUUGUUAACCUUCUAAGUAGUGGAGGCAGCAUGGGGCUGGAGGGAGCACAUGUAUGUCUUCUUGGAUUCCUGUUAUACUGGAGUAACUUGUAGAUUAAGCUUUUUUUUUUUUUUUUGUA